UUGAGGAAGCCGACAUUGAGGACAUUGAUCCAUCUAGAAAAUUUCCGGAGGGGUCAUCUCUUGAUUAUUGUGACAAUGGCCAUGAGACAAAUUCAUCACAAGAAAGUUUGUAUGAAUCAUUUCAGAAUACUGCAAAUGAUGUGACCUUAUCACAAGAAAUACAAAACGAUUCAGAAAUUGAUUUAGUAGGUAAUAUGAACAUUUUAUCUAAUGGACAAACUGAUGUAAUAAGGGAAAUGCAACGUUUAACUGGCCAACCUGUGGAAAAUACCUCAGAAAAUGAGGACUUACAAGACCAAGAAAAUGCAAAUAAGCACUCUUUAUUAUACAUACUUGGUGGAAAUCAGCUUUCCAACUCUUGUCAAAGUGAAAUUACUUCACACAAUUCGCAUGUGCUUACCAAAGAAAUAAGUAUAAAUCCAAAUGAAAAAUCAAACGAUAAAAUACUUGCUGAUAGAGAGUCAUCACAAUCACCACAAUCCCUUAUGAACAAAACAGAUAUAAUGCAAUCAGUGACCACACCCACGAAAGAAGUGCAAUUUAAUCCAGAAACAUUAGGUGCAUCAACAA